UUGCGUAUCGGACAAGGAUGCAUCGACUUUUUUGCUGAGCUGGAGCCAUCUGUAACCGUCACCGAGCAAAACCUGGCAGACCCAGUUCGGUAUAUCUUGCGCUCAAAUACAUUUGAUGUCACCGAACUCGAACGGCUACGACGUGAGGCUGUUCCUUCAUCGGGUGAAAAUGCUGCGGCUGAGGAUGCGGCGCCACAACUUGCCGAGCAAACGGCAAAUGUGGAUGCCGCCGUGAAUACGCCAGUUGUGGUUGAUUCAAACGAUGAUGGAACAGUCGCCCAGGAACUGGAACUAGAGCAAAUGAGAAGUACAUUGGAAGAGGCGAUUGUGGAAACGCGCAGUACGACUCUCGAAAAUCGACCGCGACUUCCCCCGCUUAGCCCUAAGCAAGCGGAAUCGGGCUGUCGUGAGGGCACUGAACCCAAUGCUGGUUACCUAUUUGGAAGCCAGCCGGGACCUUUGCGAGACGGACUCAAUUCUUUUUGGCGCCGCACUGGCAGUCUGCCGUAUUAUAGGUGCCAAACUUUCCACGGCUGGACGCGCUACUGGACAAAGUAG